CGGAAGUACAGCAGUAGAACUAUGUGUGAAUUUUAAACUGAAACUAUCUGAAAGUCAGGAAACAGCAAGAUAGUUUACAGAAGUACUUGCCCUCCUGUCCUUUACAAAUAAAACUCUCAGUAUUGUGCACCUCUCAGAGUCACCAUGACGAAGAACAGCACUAUGCACUGCCUGUCCUCCCAGAUCAACAUUGCCUCCAUCCUCCCCCCAGCUCUCAUCAUUGAGUUCCUGCUGGGGAUUCCUGGGAACGCCAUUGCCUUGUGGGUCUUCUGUUUCCGUAUGAAAGUCUGGAGGCCGAGCACGGUGUACCUCCUUAACCUGGUGCUGGCAGAUUUCUUGCUCAUCCUCUGCCUUCCUUUCAGGAUCGACAAUCUCCUGCGAGGCGAGCACUGGGUUUUUGGGGAUCCCUUGUGCCGCAUCAACCUCUUCAUGCUGGCCGCAAACCGCUCGGCCAGCAUUAGCUUUAUGACGGUGGUGGCCGCCGAACGCUACUUCAAGAUUGUCCACCCACACCGCAGGAUCAACCGUCUGUCUGUGAAGCAGGCUUCCAUGAUGUCCUGUGGAGUGUGGGUUCUGAUUCUGUCCCUGAGGAUCCCCCUGCUGACCAGCCAGCUCCUGCAGGAACACAAUGGCACCUUCCUGUGCCGCAGUUUCAGCUCUUACUCCAUGAUCCCCACAGGGAUCCUCCUGCACUACUUCCUGUACGUGGUAGAAUUUUUCCUUCCCUUCUCCGUGCUGCUGUUCUGCACACUCAGGAUCACUUGGGUCCUGAAGCAUCGGAGCAUGAACAGAGACCGGAAGAUCAGGAACGCCAUCAGGGUGGUGUCGGUGAUCAUGCUGGUGUUUGCUUUGUGCUUUGGGCCGGGGAUCGUGACCGGUCUGACCACGCUCCUCAUCAAGCAACUCAGCCCUGGGGACUGUGUGUCUUUCAGGCUGGCAUCAGAGUGUUUCAGCGCCUCCAUUGCUUUCACCUACCUGAACAGCGUGCUGGACCCGCUCAUCUACUGCUUCUCCUGCACCAUGUUCAGGAACACUUUGAAGAAGUCCAUCAGCUACCUGGGCCUGUGCCAGCUGGAGGAGUCCAGGAGGGGCAGCGUUACCAGCGUCACCUGAGGGGUUUGCUGGGCUGUAUUCCACUGCAGCCACAUGUCUCCUGGAGAACUGGGAUGUGCAGUAAUGUAUUGUUUAUUUGUACCCAGGGUAUUACAAGAUAGGAAUCUGGAGCCAAAUAUAUUGUAUCAAUCCGGAUGAUCUGUAACACCAGUUGAGACCUCUGCUUUUCCAUUAGCUCAAUUUAAACAUUGUUUAAAAUAAAAAAAAAAUUGAGAGUGGCUACGUCUGCUAUGAAAUGUCUUAUUGCAAUUGUUAAACACAGCAAUGAGAGCAGGAGUACAGUGCAGAUAUACUGGACUGGUCUGAUACCCAGCACACACAUUCAUUCACAUGUAGCCUUGCAUGCUUGUCUUUUCCAUCCAUAUCACAGGUAAGCCUUUUAUGGCUUGCCUUAUAUAUGUCUUUUGACUUAUUGUAUACAUUGUAUAAAAUGUGUUCUGUAUUAAAGGGCAUAUAUAUUACAGCGAGCCAAUGGAUCACUCACACUACCGCCACCUGUUAGACUGUCUCCCCAUAAGCAAGGCAACGGGAGGACCUGCUGUGACAGAGCCACCAGGACCCGGGCCGUACAGACAAGGCUCAUUUGCACGAGUGAACCAGGACACUUUAUUUUAGGUACAAAGUUGUUUUAAAAGCAUAGUAAAGCAGAGGAAGCAUU